AUGUGCAAUCUCCAGAGCUCGGUCCCAAUCGCCAAAUCUCGCAGUAUCCCUGCCAAAGCCCCACUGCCAGUGGACGGAAUCCCCGGGAACACCAUCUCCAAUGUUAAGAGUGAUGAUGGUAUGUCUACAUGUUGUAUAAGUUGUAUAUUCAAAGAAUUAUGAGUUUUAGAGCAAAAUUUUAAUAUUUAUACGAGGGAUUUCAGAUUUUUUAAUGCAAAAUGAAUGAUUUUUUAGGAAAGACGGUAGCUACUGCCGCAUUAAUGCGUGUGUCCCAUAAUAUGGCCUACUUCUCGUUGAUCCACGUGGAUUCUGUGAUCGCUCAGAAGGCCGUCACGGUGUCCACCCCUGAGGAUGACCCACUAAACUUGAAAUUGGGCGAAAUCUACGUAAGAAACUUGAAUUUUGAAUCUUUUAGCGACUUUAGAAAACAGUAACACUUGUAAUAGUUAUACCAAUGGUAGUGAAAUUAAUUCUGCAAAUCUUUUUCAGGACAAUCUCCCCUUCCGUCAUCACUAUCCCAUCUACAUCCAAGUGCAUCACAACAAUCCCGAGAGACUGGUCCUCGAACAUCUCUUGGACAACUUGGCCGAGACCGUGUUGGGCCGCAACAACCUGGAGCUCAAGAAGAACGUCACCAUCGACCUGCUCGACUCGGAUGGCGAUGCCCAUUUCCGGGAUCGUCUCGGCUUCUUCGUCACCGAUCGUCAGCAAUUCGUACAACUGACUGUGGCCGCGGCCGAGGCCGGCAAAGUGCUGAAGAAGAGCUCAGGUGAGGAGGGAAAUGGGGAUAAGAUGAUGACAUGGGCAUGGCAAGGGGAGAUCAGAUUUUAUUUUGUGGAAAAAAUUGGGAAAAAUCGGAAAAAUGAUGAUUUUGGACAUGGGGAGCAAUUUUUAUUCAAAAAGAGAUUGCUGAAUGCGCGAUAGACAGAUUUUGCUCAAAUUUUGCCCAUUGGCCGUGUUACCCAGACCUAUGAUUAUAUGAAAAUUUUAGUUCCCAUAUCCUCAGGGUGCCAGAGAUACGAUGUAGAUUCCAAAACCCGAUUUUUGGCCAAAUCCGACCGAAAAAUGUCGGUGAUUUCUGCAAAACGCAGAUUAAAAAUUCGCCCAAUCUUUUUCUAAAUAUUAUUCAACCUUUUUGUUAACGUUUUCGACUUCCUACAAUGCUAUUUUUAGACUUUUCAACGCAAAAUAAGGGUAUGAAUGACUAAUACCCUUAUUUUGAUCGGACUUUGCCCUCAAAUCCCCGCUCCCCUUGCGCAACAUGCACUUUACUCCCAAUCCGAGUGGUAUUACUAAAAUGACCACAAUCCCCACUGCCUUUCGAACCGGUUUUAUUACUUUUUUGGGGACGGAAAUCACAACGGACAUUACUUUUUAGGGGAAUUGCGUCAAUCAACGAUAAUUUUAUGUUUUCUUGGGCGUUUUACCAAAAUCACUCGCGCAGGGAGUGUAAAAAUAUUUGGAAAAUCGAACACUUUGUGAACUCUGAUUAGGGUAACAGGAAAUUGUUCGAAAAAAUAAGAUUUUGUAGGGGAAAGAACGUAAAAUUUUAAAAGUUUAAGGGUAAAUAAGGUAAAUCAAUGUGUCCAAAAUAAUAAUAAUUUAUCAUUCUCCACAAAAAUUACAAAAAGCAUGAAGAAGUCAUCAAAAAUUAUAUUACACUUGACAUUUCUUCCUUUUUUUCCCUAAAAUCAUAAUUUUUCAGAUUACAAGGUCGAAAAGUUCCGCGCAACCGAAUUCCAAGACCUCGUGGACUUUGAUAACACCCUCUCAACCCAAACCCGCGACGAAUUCCUCGAGGCUUUGACCAAAAAAGUCCAAGUUUUUGUGGUGAAGCCGGCCAAACAAGUUGUGAUUGACGAGGACGAAAAGAAACCCCUCGCCUUGGCUGGAUACGCCUUUGUUCAUGGCGACAGGAUCCUCAGUUUGUAUGCUGACAACGAUGAGAUCGCUCAGACCUUGUUAUCGGGAAUUGUAGAGGCCACAAAGGCCAAACAAGUGAGUUUUCCGAAUUUUUUGGAGAAAAAUGACGAAAAAUACAGACGAUUUAACAAUCCGUUUUAAAAAUCUAAAGUAAAAAAAUUUCACUUCUCUCGGCAAAAUUUUCAAAAUGGCAGAUGAAAAUACAAAAAUUUUUUUCAAUAAUAGCAAGGUUCCCCAUACGCGCCCCUUCCCACACCCCAUUUUAGAGUCUGGUCUCUUUCGCUCCGCUUUUACAGCCGUGCAGGGAUGGCCGAGUGGUUAAGGCGGUGGACUUAAGUUCCCCUGGGCGUCAGCCCGCGUGGGUUCGAACCCCACUCCCUGCAACUCACUUUUUCAAAGUUUUGAAAGAAUUUUUGAGUAAAAAAGUCAUUGUAAAUACAACAAUAUCAUACAGUAAGAUUCUCUUUUAUCUCAAAAAUUUCUUUGACAUUGUUUUAAGAACUUUUUUUUAGCCAAAAAAUCAAAAUUUUUGAGAAAAAAACAGCAAUUUUGGCCUAAAAUAAGAUAACUUGUUUCAGUUCACGCUGGCCACUUCAACUUCCCACUGGAGACAGCUGGCCGCUCUCCCCAACACCCAAUCUCGCCCCAUCUACCGUCGUCACACUCGCGCAGUGCCCGCCAACGUGAAAUGGGACCGGAUUUUCGCGUUUAACGUCGGAAUCAACCUUUUCUAA